AUGGUCAAAACUCAUAUAAAAUGGGCCUCCAGGGAGGAGGGGUCCAGCAUGGCUCGGGCUGUGGUACGGAGUACCUGUGGCUUUACUGUGGGUUUGUCCUUGGCCACAGCCUAUGGGCUCCUGGAGCUUUUAGUGGAAGGACACAGCCCCUUUGGCUGCCUGGUGACCACCGUCACUUUGGCUGCCUUCCUUAGCUUGGGCAUGGGGUUCUCCCGCCAGGUCCGUGUGUCUGUCUUCCUACUGCUACCUCAGGCCUUCUCCAAGCAGAGCCGGUUGCUGCUGUUGGUGGCUGCCUUUGGGCUGGUGCUACAAGGGCCUUGUGUGAACACCCUGCGCAACUUCACCCGGUCAAGUGAAGCUGUUGCCUGUGGGGCAGAGCUGGCACUGAACCAGACGGCUGAAGUGCUGGAGCGGGCCAAGCAGCCCCUUGUCAGUGCUCUGUCCAAGAUUAAAGCUAUUGCCCAGAGGGCCAAAGUGGUGGCUGACCGGGUACGCAAGUUCUUCCGGUCCAUCAUGGAUGCCGUGAAGCAUGUAGCCAGGUGCCUGCAGAAUGUAUGGUUCUGGCUCCUUCAUAUUGGUGAUGUGUGCAACUCUGAGCUGGGCAACCCUUACACAAAAUGCACUCGGAUGUUUGAUGAUGCCAAGAACCGCUGUAUGAAGGUCAUAAAGGGAUUCCAUCACCUGUGUUACGUGCUCUUGCCCUUCAAACUGGUGUUCUGUGGACUGGCGAGCAUGGUCCAGAAGUUCUGUGUCAUCCCCACGUACCUCCAAAAAUUUCUGCGAAAGACCAUCAACACCCCCGUAAUGAAGCUGCUCAAUCGGGUACGUCGUGAGUUUGAGUUCAACAUGACAGCCAACCACUACUUCUCUGUGGACCUCAAUUCCUCUCGGAGCCUGUCCCAGGUAGCCUUGGACCUUCAAGAGGCUGUCAGCAUGAAGUUGUACACCGCCAGGGAGGCCCUGUCUCUGAUGGGCUAUACCAUGCCUCUGCUCUUUGGACUUCUCUACCUCCAAGCCCUGUGUUAUCGGUAUGGUUACCUGAACUGGGACAAUUUCGACAAUGUCUAUAUCACCAGGCGCUUCCUGGACAUGGAGGCAGUGCGCUCCAUGGCAGGGCUGCCCACGGUGCUACCACUCAGUUCUCAUGAGGCCAAACUCUACAUCCAGCCAGGCUCCAUCUUCCUGACCAAAUGGGAACAGAUUUUUUAUAUCAUAGAGACCUUUAACCUCGCCCGACAUCUCCUCCUCGUCCUCUUCCUGGUCUUUCUGGACUAUGGCGUCUUCUGGAUACUUGAUCUGGCCCGGUACCACCUCCAGGGCGAGGUUGUAGCCCGCAGCCCUGUGCUAGUGUCUGUAACGGUGGAAGGAACCGGCUAUUCAGGGAAUAUUUACCGUGACCUGGUGUCAGCAUUUGACAUUCUGCAACAAGGCAACGUCAGUAUAUUGUCCCGGCGCUGCGCCCUUCAUCCCUCAGAGCCGGAUACUAACAGUUACAUCGUUAUCGGUACCAUGUAUGGUCUGUGCUUCUUCAUCACUCUGUUUGGCAGCUAUAUCAGCAGGCUGCGGCGGGUCAUCUGUGCCUCCUAUUACCCCUCCAGGGAACAGGAAAGGAUCUCCUACCUCUACAACAUGCUUCUGAGUCGUCGGACCAACAUAACGGCUGUAGUGCAGCGAGCAGCGAAGCGACGGGCAGCUGACCAGGGUCAUAUGAGCACCCUGCAGAUGCUACUCAUCCAGUACCCUGUCUUAAGUCUAUUGUUUGGUCGCUUUUUGUUGCGUCAGUCUUACUGCCUGGGCUGUGGGCAGCCUGAAGAGAAAGGGGGUCUGGAGAACUUUGUGUCCUGCAGUACCCCAGGCUGCAAAGGUCUCUACUGCUCUACCUGUUUCCAUCUCCUGGGCAACACAUGUUCUGUAUGUGCGUCUCCCCUCUCUAACCAGGGGCACUUGGACCUGGAGCUGGACUCCAGUGAUGAGGAGGGUCCUCAGCUAUGGCUGGCUGCAGCUCGAAGAAAGGCCCCUGAGCAGGAGCUAAAACUUCAACAACAGCUUCAGGAAGCACUGGGCAUGAACCUUUCAGACAAGACCAUCUCUGGACCAAGAGAGCAGAAAGCAGCGCCCGCCAGCCCGGGGGCGGCGUGA